AUGGCCGAAGAACCAACUCUCCCCAAGCUCCCCACUGUCUCGUGGGAUUCCGAGACACAAACUUUCACCAAUACGCGGAAACGCGCACGCGAUCGAGUAUCUGUGCCACCAUCCUUCAACAACUCAAGUGACCCGGCCGUAUUCUCCAGUGACGACGACCCACACGUAGACAAUUACACCCAGGGAAAACGUAGAAAAAGGCGUUACGUGGGUUCUUGGUUCCAGCAACAUCUCGAGUCUUCCGAUUCAUCGUUCUCCGAACCUAUACGACCCCAACCGAAGACGAAGAAGAGAACCUUCGAGCGUCAAUUUGAUAGUGGAGUAUGGAUGGGAAGCGACAGUUCUAUGGAGGUGGAAGAGGAAGAAGAGGCCAUGCAGAUUGAGGCGCCUGCGGAAUCUAGGCUCCCUCAAUUGAGACAUGCUCGUCCUAUGGCGCCCGUCUCCCCUCGCGAAUCGGCCAUUCGAAAAGCAAUCCAAACCGCCAUUGAUCAGGGGAACCCGGCCAUCGAUCUGUCCUCCUGUAAUAUCGAACAUAUUCCCAAUGGCACUAUAUCCCAACUUUCCGAAUUCGCCUAUAUCCCUGUGGUGGCCGAAGAUGUUCCAUUUCAACAAGAAGAACCCCGUCUGCAAAUUUACCUGGCAAAAAAUCCACUCCUUCGUGCCCCAGGAGCUCUCUUUAACCUGGAAUAUCUAACUGUUCUUAGUCUUCGAAACACACAGAUUACUGAGCUUCCGCCUAGCAUUGGAAAUUUGCGCAACCUCGAAACACUGAAUGUGUCUCUUACACGCCUGCGGUAUUUGCCCGGGGAGUUGUUGGGCUUGAUGAGAUUCCCGUGCAGGCUUCACACUUUGAAUAUACAUCCUAACCCUUUUUAUGUUCCUGAUCACCAGCCUAAGGUCGAACUUGAUGAUCAGCCUCGGGAUCCGACUCGCCAAGAUUCCCUGCUCCUCGCGGAGGUACCGCAAAUCGACGGCUCGACCGUGCUAUUUUGGCUCGACAAACAGGGCGGAAUUGAAGACGGAGCCGAACGCUCGACCCCUAGCAAAACAAACGCUAUCCACGGAUGGAGUGUUUCUGCGCUUGCACGAUCGCGAGUUCAGUUUAAGGAUGGCCGAGGAGUCGUCGUCUCCAAGUUCCGGCUCCCCUCGUCGAGUUCGGGCCUCAGCGUGCAAACCGAGGAUCUAUCUCUACUGCCGACACUCUCGCACUCGACGCGCAAUCCUGCCGCUCCCAGUAGCAACAACAGUCGCGUGCUGUCGUUGUUCGAGCUUUCCCUCCAGUCUUGUUCAAGGACCACACUUUUCGAUGACGUGGCAUUUUACACGCCUCCGAACUCACCUCCACACUUGGCAAAGGUUCUCAACCAAAUUGCGUUGCAGCGCGAGGAAAAUGCCAACUACGGCGACAUGCCCUGCUCCGUGUGUAAGCGACGGGUGAUGGUACCAACGGUCGAAUGGAUUGAAUGGUGGGAGAUCUCGAAGAUAGACUCGCUUGUGAGGUUUGACAUAGACAGCCCGCACACGAUUCCGAGCGAAGAGAGGGCGGUGCCUUUUUUACGACAGGGCUGUUCCUGGGCGUGUCUGCCAAGUCCGAUGAAGUUCGGGCAGAGCUUGCGAGGAACGUUGAGGCGGAGUGUUGCGGGACCGGAGGCAGAUAUUUGACAGAUGGUUAUUCACGGACGAUGCGGACGAUAAGUCGCGCCCUCGAUACUCGGAUGAUAUAUCCCCUUAGUGCUAGUCUCGCAUUCACAGUACUUCUUGUCUUGUCGAGUCGGUGGUGUUAUUUAUUCCAAAUUAAGCCGCGGUGUCUAGGCGUGUGUGGGAAGCUCUUCCUAUAGAAUCGAUGUCCAGUGACCCUAAGCGCAUUCAGACUCGUUUGGAUCAUAAACUCGCAUAGGCUAUGGUGACUACCUAUGCUGUGGACUGGCUGGUAGGGUACUUGUACACGGUAAAUCCGGGAACGGCCUGACACAGAAGCCCUAGAUUUAGGUACCUAGGUACUUACCUAC